UUUAAGACAAUCUCAUGAUUUUUGAACACUUGAGGUUGGUAAUACCUGGCAAUAUCUGGGACUCCCCUAAAUCAAGAGCAUACACAGACUUCUACUUCCCCCUUUAACAUUCCCUUAUAUUUGUAUUUAGUCUGAAAACCUAAAAAAAUCCCACUGCAAAUUUUUUGCUUUCAUGUUGAGACAUUGAAUCAUCACAUUACAAUGCAAUGUAAUAUCACCAUCUACCCUGGAACUAAAUAAUUAAAGAUUCCUUAAUUAUCUGGGGAGUUAAAGGCCUAUCAGCCAGUCAUUGAUCUCCAGCAAAAUAGUGGAACAGUCAUACCAGACUCAGUUCUGAUUCCCCAAUUCAAGAAGGAUGUUGAUAAAUUAAAGAGGUUUCAGAGAACAGCCACAAGAAUGAUUAAAGGAUUAAAAAACUGUGCUUCACAGAGAGAGGCUCAAGAAGAGCAUGCUCUAUUUCACUUAAAUAAAAGGUUACAGGUGACUUAAUCAUAGUCUGUAAAUACCUAAAUGGGGAACAGAAGUUUGGUAAUAGAUGGCUCUUCUAGCAGUCUAGCAGAGAAAGUUAUAACAAGAUCCAAUGGCUGAAAGUUGAAGCUAGACAAAUUCAAACUCAAAAUCAUAUUUAACAAUGAGGGAAUUAAUCACUUGAACAUUUACAAAGGGCUGUAGUGGAUUCUCCAUCAUUGGAAAUUUUAAAAUCAAGAUUGGAUGUUUUUGUAAAAGAUAUGCUCUGGGGUAAACGGUGAAUUCUGAAAUAGUUCUAUGCCCUGUAUUAUACAAGAGGGAAGACUAGAUGAUCACAGUGGUCCUUUCGGGCUUUAUAAUCUAUUAAUCUGAAUCCCACGAGGUCAUAUUUCAGCAGACACAUGAAAAUAAAGACAAUCUUAUUUGUUAGACAGAUUCCAGGCAGGUUUCAGCCCUGUCCUAAUCAUCUGUGUCUUGUUGAACAGGUUGAAUGUAAUUGAUUUGGCAGUGAGGUAGUUAAUUUUACAGACACAGCAGACAACUUUUCUCAGUGGAAUGUGCACAUCAACAACAGUUUUUCCAGCCACUGUCUCCAGUGGAGGAGCUCUUCCUGGUCUCUGAAAAAUAAAUAACCUACAGUGUUUUAAAUAGUGACCAUCAGGGUCAAUCAAAGUACUGAAAGUCUGUAGAAAAAUGAACCUCUUUAUGGAGUUUUUGUUGCUUUUACUUAUAAUAAUUUACUCCUACAUAGAGGCUUUUGUGAAGCUUUUCAUUCCUGUGAAAAGAAAGUCUGUCAGUGGAGAGCUUGUUCUCAUUACCGGUGCUGGUCAUGGAAUUGGGAGACUUACAGCUUAUGAAUUUGCCAAUCGACAAAGCAGAUUGGUUCUAUGGGACAUCAAUAAGCAUGGCAUUGAGGAAACAGCUGCAGAGUGCAGAAGGCUGGGGGCCGCAGCUCAUGCUUUUGUGGUGGAUUGCAGUAAAAGGGAAGAAAUCUACAGUGCUGCAGAGAAGGUGAAAAAAGACAUCGGAGAUGUUAACAUCUUGGUGAAUAAUGCAGGAGUGAUUACAACUGCUGAUCUGCUUUCAACUCAGGACCAGCAGAUACAAAAAAUGUUCGAGGUCAACACUCUCGCUCAUUACUGGACUACAAAAGCAUUUCUGCCAGCAAUGAUGAAGAACAAUCAUGGCCAUAUUGUCACUGUUGCCUCAGUAGCUGGUCACUUGGUAGCUUCUUUCAUGGUGACUUACUGUUCAAGCAAGUUUGCUGCAGUUGGAUUUCAUAAAGCCCUAACACAAGAACUUUCUGCAUUGGGAAAGGAUGGAAUAAAAACAUCAUGCCUUUGUCCUGUUUUUAUAAAUACUGGCUUUGUCAAAAAUCCAAGUAUAAGAUUAAUGAAAGUUUUGGAGCCAGAGAAGGUUGUAAAUAAACUGCUAGAGGGGAUAUUGACCAACCAGAAAAUUAUUUUUGUUCCAUCAUUUCUGAAGAUAUGUCUAAUAAUGGAAAACAUUCUUCCAGAGCGUGUCAUGGCAGCAGUGUACAAACUGCAGAAUACUCAAUUUGAUGCAGUUGUUGGAUACAAAAACAGGGUCAUAAGUGAUUAGGUCAUCGCCCUCCCCCUCAAACCGCACAGGCUGCAGCUGCAGAUGGUUCAUGUUUUGAGUUCAGAUCAAUUAUUCAAUGUUUUGAUUCAUUCAGAGAAAAAAUGGAAGACCCAUCACUUUCCAGCUGCCUUCCUACCACAGUGACACUUGAUAAAGUCCCAGCAACACUGCUCUGAACAUCAGUGAAUUUCUGUAGGUGCCUGGCUGUCUGAGUUCCUGUUACAAUGAUUAUUUUAAUGCUUCUGGGAUUUGCUAGUGUUGUGUAAUUAACUGAAUAUGUUAGGGUGCCAAGAGCUUUAGGUAGAAAUCUUUUUAUCAUUGUAAAGCUAAAUAAAUAAAUAAAAUAGACACAUACACAAAUCCAUGUGUGCACGACACAGACUAUGCGGGAGCAGUGGAAAAUGCAGUCCUUCAGACUGAAUGUUGCUUAAUUUUGUUGGCACCCAGAUAUCAUGGUGAUCCUAUCUAUUCUGUAAAGGUUCUUAUACCACACUCAUUACCAUAGUAUCUGAGCACCUAAGUCAUGCAUUAAGUAACAUGACUGCCACAUGUUGUUUGUUCUUUCAUCCUGUCCCCUGGGGGAGAAGCACAUGUACUAGAGUGUCUUGUUUUGAGAGAGGGUUGUGGGUUUUUUUAGCUGGAGGAAGGGGGAAUUUUUUUUAAACUAUGGAUGUGGCUAUAUGUUUAUGUUAGAGAAGGCAAGGUUAAAGAAAUGUGCCUUGGUCUUGGAGCAAACAGCGGUGAGGUAUGCAGUGGCAUACUUCCUGGGGGGAGUUCACUUCACAGGCUCAGACCAGACCAGCCCCAAAGAAAGUUCUGUCUCCUGGAUGGACAAACUUUGCCCUUAUUGUAGAGGGGUCCAUUGUGCUGAGGAAUGUAGUUGUUUACAUAUCCUGGGCUCAAGCCGUGAAGCACCUUGAAGAUAAGAACUGAGACUUUGGACUUAGUUCAAAAUUCUAUGGGAGGUCAGUGUAGAGAGCAAAGGACAGGUUUGAUGUGCUCACAGUAGCCUGUGUUGCUGAAGAGAUGCAAUGAAGUGUUUUGUAUUAGUUGGAGUUUCCUAAGCACGAAAGGCUUCAUGCCCAGGUUGGUAUAUCACAUUGCUGUAGUCCAGUGGAGAAGUGACAAAGUUAUGAAUCACUGAGGCCAUGCUGUACAUGUACCUUGCCACUCCUUAUCACUGUCUACUCCUCUUCCUCUCUGCUUCCAUCCUCUCCCAUCAAAAGAAGGAAGUAUUGUCUCAGGAGUAUUCCAUGUUUCCUUGAGAACUGUAUAGAGACUCAAAGGAGCUCCUGGGGAAGAGGAUGCUACUGUGAGGCCAGAAUUCCUCUCUGCAUCAGAUGGAGCAGCUGUGAGAUCAUUGCUGAGAUCAUGUUACAUAUCAGAUUUCAGUAAGAAUCAGUUGUGUGCAUGCAAACUAGGAAGUCAGCUACAAACAGCCAUUGAGUCCAUGAAUGAUUUCAGCCACACACUCGUGUAGAGGGGAAAAAUGAGAAAUCUGGCACUGUACUGCCUCAGAUCACACACAUUUUGAUGUUUCACUGUUAGCUUUUGUAACAGAGACUCUUAUCUUUGUUUCUUAUAUAGAGCCGAACACUUGGCUAAAAAAAAUAAAUCAUAA